AACCCAGUCUCAGCAUCCGCUGCUUCCAGGAGGAGGACCACCGCCAGACAGCCGGAGCGCGAGCCGUUUUGAUCCCGCCAACAUGGUGAAAACGUCGGACAUCGUGUGCCUUCUCGUCCCGCUGGUGAUGCUUGCCAGGUCCAGCCUGCAGGCGCCGGAAGAGAAAAGCGGCAAGGAGGCGCAAAAAGCGGGGAAUUUCAUGGAAGACGAGCAGUGGCUGUCCACCAUUUCACAGUACAGCCGCAAGAUCAAGCACUGGAAUCGCUUCAGAGAUGAGGUCGAGGAUGAUUAUGUUCGGACCUGGGAUGAAAAUCAAAGCUCCAAUGACAAUGUAGACACCACCAAGGACCCUUGUCAAAAGGUUAAGUGCAGCCGACACAAGGUGUGUAUUGCCCAGGGCUACCAGAGAGCUGUGUGUGUCAAUCGUAAGAAGCUUGAACACAGACUGAAGCAGCCUGCCCUCCGCUCUCCUGAUGGAAACUGUCAGCCCUGUCCCAUCUCCUCCACCGGGCCUGUGUGCGGAUCAGACGGUCACAACUAUGCUUCAAAGUGCAAGCUGGAGCAGCAGGCGUGCCUUACAGGGAAGGACCUCACCCUGAAGUGUUCAGGUCUGUGUCCUUGUCCAACGGCUGCUCCUACGUCCAAGGAAGGCAAACAUGAGGGCUGCACUGGACAGGAUCUGUCUGAUCUCGGCGAGCGUCUGAGGGAUUGGUUCCAGCUUCUGCAGAGCAAUGCUAAGCAGAAUAACAGUAAGGCUGGGGCCAGAUCCAGCACCACAUCAGUGCUGGACAGGAGCCUGGUGGCCAGCUGUAAGGACUCCAUAGGCUGGAUGUUCUCCAAGCUGGACACGAAUAAUGACCUGUAUUUGGAUCAGGCCGAGCUGGCUGCCAUCAACCUGGACAAGUAUGAGAUCUGCAUUCGGCCCUUUUUCAACUCCUGCGACUCGUACAGGGAUGGCAAGGUCUCCACAGCGGAAUGGUGCCUCUGCUUCUGGCGAGAAAAACCACCGUGCCUGGCUGAACUGGAGAGGAUCCAGGUCUUGGAUGGUGGAAAGAGAAAGUUUGGUCGAUUCAUCCCUAGCUGCAAUGAAGAUGGCUUCUACAGGAGGCAGCAGUGCGACAGGGGCGAGUGCUGGUGUGUCGAUCAGAAUGGAGGAGAAAUAGCUGGAUCGAGGAUUCGGGGAAAGCCAAAUUGUGAUUAUGAAAUGGCAUAUUCAGGAGAUUUCGGAAGCGGAGUCGGAUGGGAGGAUGAGGAGGAGAAAGAGGCAGAGGAGACUGCAGAGGAGGCUGAAGAGGAGGAGGGAGAAGUGGGAGAGGUGGAUGAUGGGGGAUAUAUUUGGUAAAUGCCCAACGUGAAAGCCAACCUCUCUACAGGAGCACUUCGAUGGUCCUGAAAACACACACACACUAACAAACACACACAGAUCCUGCAGACAGAUGGACACGAUGAACAGCUCACACUCAGAACAACACUUGCUUAGGGAAAACGUGAGGGAGAGGGUUUAAUAAGCUGGGAGGUUGAAGAUGGGAGCAUUUAAUGUUACAGGAUGUUCUUAAAACGAUCAAGGGAAGCGGAGAUUUAUUGCUAUUAACCCUUCAUGGGUCUGGAGUUGAGAUUUUUGUCCUUCGUACGUGUGACUCCUCGUUCUUCUUUGUUGUAUGUCUUUUGAACUAUCUUUGAGCAGUUUUUAGCUGAUGCAAAAUGGAGGCUUUAAGAAGCUGCAGGUACUCGUCAUGUACUUGCAUUGAAAAAACUGAGCUAGUCUGGGUGCAUUUCGGUGCUCCAACAUGCUUUUCUCUAUGGUUGGAAAGUAUGUUGGACAGGAAGCCCAGUCAGAAAACAAAAAGAACACCCUUUGACUUUAUGAUUUUCAUGUCAUGCGCUUUGGCUCAUAUGUGACAUUAGUGCUGUCUCCCUAAUGACUUAUUAAGAACAAGUUUCUCACAGAUCACUCUUAAGCUUGUAAUAUAAUGUGUGUAUCUGAAGUCAGAAUGUCCUCUUCUAGUCAAUGCCUUGAAAGAACAGCAGAAUGAAACUGCUUAGCUGACAAGUGUGCAUCAUGUCAUUAUGUGGAUCAAUUACUGUGUUUAAUAAAAAAAUGAAAUUAAAUAAAGGUAUCUCUGUGGCUCAGCUGGCCACCAUUCA